CCGCCCCAUUACGGCAACUUGCUCCUUUGCAGGCCGGUUAGCGGAGGCGGGAAGAAGGAAGGCCGCCAAGAGCCCCUAACUUUGCCCCCCCUCCUUCCUCUGUUGUUCAUCCGCGAGCGGCUUCCAGGGCUCGCCCCGUGAGGCCCGGUUUCCUAAAAAAAAAUGCAUCACCGAGGUUAGCUAGAAGCUGCUGGGCUGGCAAAGAAGCAAGUAAGAACUAAAUCAUGGCUUUUCGGAAGGUAGUGAAAGGAACUAUCCUCAUAGGAGGAGGAGCCGUUGCAACUGUCUUUGGCCUCUCACAACUUUCUCAAUACAGAAAAAAGGGUCAUCUUGCAACUGUGGAAGCUUCAGAAUGCAGACCUGUACCAAUGCUAAACUCCCUUCCGACUAGGGAGAAUCAUUUUGAGGCUUUGAGAGAAACUGCAGAAUUUGAUGUCCUUAUCAUAGGUGGAGGUGCUACAGGAAGUGGUUGUGCCUUAGAUGCUGUUACAAGAGGCCUCCGCACAGCUCUUGUAGAACGGGAUGAUUUCGGAUCAGGGACUAGCAGCAGAAGUACUAAAUUGAUCCAUGGUGGAGUGAGAUAUCUACAGAAGGCGAUCAUGAACUUGGAUAUUGAACAGUAUAGAAUGGUGAAAGAAGCUCUCCAUGAACGUGCCAACCUGCUUGAAAUUGCACCUCAUUUAUCUGCUCCUCUACCUAUAAUGCUUCCAGUUUACAAGUGGUGGCAACUGCCUUAUUACUGGGUGGGAAUUAAGAUGUAUGACCUUGUAGCAGGAACCCAAUGUCUGAAAAGCAGCUACGUGCUUAGCAAAUCCAAAGCUUUGGAACUCUUUCCUAUGUUACGAAAGGACAGACUUGUGGGCGCCAUAGUCUACUAUGACGGACAGCACAAUGAUGCACGAAUGAACCUUGCCAUCGCCCUCACUGCUGCCAGGUAUGGGGCUGCCAUAGCCAAUUACACUGAAGUGGUGCACUUGCUGAAGAAGAUGGAUCCAGAGAGCGGGAAGAGCCGAGUUUGUGGAGCAAGGUGCAGGGAUGUUCAAACAGGGCAGGAAUUUGAUGUCAAAGCCAAAUGUGUUAUCAAUGCUACAGGACCUUUCACAGAUUCUGUGCGGAAAAUGGAUGAGCAGGAAGUAUCAAACAUCUGUCAACCAAGUGCAGGCGUUCAUAUUGUGAUGCCCGGCUAUUACAGCCCUGAUAAUAUGGGACUUCUUGACCCAUCGACUAGUGAUGGGCGAGUGAUUUUCUUUCUGCCAUGGCAAAAGAUGACUAUCGCUGGCACUACUGAUACUGCAACUGAAGUUACCCAUCACCCGAUACCAACCGAAGAAGAUAUCAACUUCAUUUUGACAGAAGUGCGCAACUAUCUUAACUGUGAUGUUGAAGUGAGGAGAGGAGAUGUUCUGGCAGCAUGGAGUGGCAUUCGUCCCCUUGUGACGGAUCCCAAUUCUAAAGACACACAGUCUAUAUCUCGAAAUCAUGUGGUGCAUGUUAGUGACAGCGGUCUUGUGACUAUCGCAGGUGGGAAGUGGACAACUUACCGCUCAAUGGCCCAGGAUACAAUUGAUGCUGCAGUAAAAUCUCAUAACCUUCAGGCCGGUCCCUGUAAAACUGUAGGGAUGCUCCUGCAGGGUGCAGAGGGCUGGACCCCUACUCUAUAUAUCCGUCUGGUUCAAGAUUAUGGACUUGAAAAUGAGGUGGCUCAGCAUCUUGCAAAUACAUUUGGGGACAAGGCUUUUGAAGUGGCAAAACUAGCCCAGGUCACUGGCAAGAGGUGGCCUAUCGUUGGGAAGCGUCUUGUCUCAGAGUUUCCAUAUAUCGAGUCAGAGAUUGAGUAUGCCAUCGGUGAAUAUGCUUGCACUGCAGUGGACAUAAUUGCUCGUCGCACUCGUUUGGCUUUUCUAAAUGUCCAAGCUGCCGAUGAAGCCUUACCAAGAAUCAUUGAGAUAAUGGGCAAGAAACUGAGAUGGAGUGAACAGAAGAAGAAGGUAGAGCUCGCAACGGCAAAAAGGUUCCUAUACUAUGAAAUGGGCUACAAGGCACGGUCGGAGCAACUGACAGAUCGGAGUGAAAUCACUUUAUCCCCAGCAGAUAUUGACAGGUAUAAAAAAAGAUUCCACAUGUUUGAUAAAGAAGGCAAAGGUUUUAUUACUAUAUUGGAUGUGCAGAGUGUGCUACAGAGCAUCAACCUUCAAAUUAAUGAAAGUGCACUCCAUGAGAUUUUGAAUGAAGUGGAUUUGAACAAAAAUGGGCAGGUUGAACUCAACGAGUUUUUGCAACUCAUGACUGCUAUUCAGAAAGGAUAUGUAUCUGGAAGCCGGCUUGCCGUACUUAUGAAAGCAGCUGAAGAGAACAUUUAUCAGCGGGAAGUGAUUUCAGUGGACCGGAGUUGUGGUGGACUGUGAUGUGGGGGGCCUCUUACAGCUUAGAAAAAGGUGUGCCCCCUUGGUUGCCUCUUUCAAUGCUGAAAAACAUUCCACUGCUUUCAGACGUCUCUGCUUCUCUUCACUCUGAGCAACUGUACAGAAAGUCACAUUGUGCAGCUCUUCUUUUUAUAUUUGUGCGAAGAGUCUACUUGACUGGUGGUGAACUGGCUUUCUCUAGAAUCCAUGGCCAACAAGACCAUGAAAAGGAGAAACUGUCCACCUCCCCACCUCCCCUCCCCCGGGCUAAUCCCGGGAGUUGAACACUCCAACCAAGGCAAGGGAUCCAGGUGAUAGCCAGGCAUGAAUGUAGAUUUCUUUUUUGCAUUUAUACAAAAGCAAGAGUAAUUCCUCUCCUCCAUUCUCUUUCUGCCUUUUGAUGCAUUAAUCAGGCAAAAGUGGACAAUGCCAGCAUGCCUUUCAUAUCUUAAAAAUGGACUUUUUUUGGUUAAACCUGCAGAUAUAUUUUUCCCCUCCCCACCCUUUCAUAGAAGUACAUUGUGCUAAAUAUUCAUCGCUUGCCUAGAACUUUGGUACAAACAUUUUUUAUAAUGGCCACAGUCUAUUAAAAAGCGCAUGCCAUAAAAAUGAGUGAUUUAUCAUGGAGGAGAGUGGCUGCAUUUAGAAUAUUCAUAGACUGUAUCCCAAAAUAGAAGUGUAAUGUCCAACCAAGGAAUUGCAGUGAUACAAUUGUAUUUUAAUAAGAGGCUAUGUGGGGCCUAAUUCUUCAAAAAUGUCCUAAACCCAAAAAGCCAGCAUAAAUAGAAAAUAAACAAAUCCAAUGGUUCUUGUUACUUUACCACAGAAAGAAAUUGCCAGUCCUUCCCUGGUACCUCUUGUGUAUAUAAAAAGAGAGAGCUAAAUCCUGUAUCAUGUAGGUGGUUUGACUUGGCUCUGAAAUUCUCAAAGAAAUUUUAAGAAAAGGGUAUCUAAAAUCUGACUUUAUUUUGAUAGGUGCCCCAUAACUCCUCAGAAAAAUAGUGAAGAAAAUACUAAACAAGAUUACGCUAACUUUUUUUUUACUAGGAAUUGCAGGUUCAAUUUUAGGAUAUUUUCUUUAAAAAAAAAAACUAAAAACUUUUACAUAUUGUUAAAAUCAUUUUAGGGUAAACACCCCUAGUAUUUAGGGUAGGAAAUCCUUCAGAAUACAAUGAUAAACUAAUAGCAAAUCAGUAGAAAGUUUGCUUUUGCUAUUUGGAAAAUGAAAUUGCAGCAAAGUAACAAACCUAAAAAGGAACAACGUCACGUUACUGUGGAAAUUUUUGUCUUUGUACCUCUGAUGGCAUUGUUCAUUUGUUUGUUACCGAUUUUAAUAACACUUAAUAUUCCAAUGCAAUUUAUAGAUCAGUAAGAGCUGUGGUACCUGCAGACCAAAUUCUUCAUUUACUUAUUUAGCAUUUCAGUGCUGUGCAUUUCUUCACUCUUGAGAGCAGUCUCUAGGAACUGGCCCUUCAUAAGGCCUCACUAUCAAAAUGAUUUAAAAUUCAGAAUACUCUAUAUUCAAAAGUGAAUAUAUUAAGGGCAUCUAUUGUUAGAAGCAAACAUUGCUAUAUAAAACAGUCCAGCCAUUAGCAUGAAGCACUCCUAUUUUCUAUUUAGAACUUUAGGCAGCAUUGAUGGGAAGGAACAAGGUCUUCAUAAAGAAUAUUAAAAGGUAGUAUUCUAAAAAACACCCUCUAGCAAAAUUCUCUGCAGACCAUUUCCCAUGUAAGUUACUGCUAUGAUCAAGAAUGUCAGCCCUAUGUUUUAUAGGUUAAGAGUAGAGGUGGAAGCCAAGCAAGAUUCUCAUCCACUCUAAGCCUGGAGCACUUCAGAAUGACUUGGAUAGAGGUCUUAACUGGCCUGCGCUUGACAGUGGGGAGAUCUCUCUUUUAGCACAAAGAGUUGGGGUGUUUUUGUGGCGAAUCUUCUCUUCCUCCCCCACCUCCCAUCGCCAACGUAUAUUGGAUGCUUUUUACAUAGCACUUUUCAAUUUGUUCCAUUUUAGCUUAGGCCAAGAAAUGCUAAGCCUUAACAAAAAACUAUUAUAGAUAGCUUUUCUAAGAUUGCAGAAGUGUGGAGAGGUCCAGAAAAGAUGUUGAGGUGCUGAUUGUUACACAUUUAAUUAAUAAUGGACGCAACAUUUUUCUACAUUUGAGGCAAAAGAUUAAUGGCAGGUUAUCAAGAGCUCCAAGUGCAUCUCGUCCAUAUGAAACACCUUGUCCAUUGGAAACAUUAAGAGUUAAGCAAGCACCCAAAAUGAAGUGAGCUGAGGAUCAUGGGGCUGAUAUAUGCUGAGGAUCUACCACAGUUCUUAGGGAAGAGUUUUAAUGAGCAUUUGAGUGUUCACCUUUACAGAUAGACUUCUCUGAUAACCAGAGGUUGGACUAAUGUCUAAUGAUUGUCCUUAACCCAAUAAAGGUCUCUUCACAUGGCCUGUCAUGUUUUGCUGUUGAUGCCAUCACACCCUGAUCAGGAAGCCAUGAUUUCUUUUAUGCAUUGAUUUCACCUCUAGGAGAUGUUUUAGCCAACACACCCCUCUGCUUCCCUUGGGCAGGGAAAGUAUUAUUCCCCUACAUCAUUUUACAGUGGCUCAAAUUCAGUUAAAAGUAGACUCUCUACUUGGUUUCUUUGUAAUGGGUUUUCUUUGUAUAUUUGGGAGAGAAUAUAUAUGAAUGUAUAGGAAGCACAAAGCUCCUUUUUGUAUAACAGUAAUUUAGUGUGAUACUACUGUACAAUUGUUUCGAAAACAAAGAAAUAUAGGAGUAGGCAGUUCUCUAGUGGUUGUGUGUGUAUGAAUAGGUAAGCACACAUAUCUAUGCAUAUAUGCAUAUGUAUACAUAUACAUAUACCGCAUGUUUUUCCAUCUGGCACUUUUAUGUAUUGCGCUGUGUUAUUGUUCAGGAUUGGACUGUUAAUACUGUGUUUUGAGGCUGGGUUGUCAUUUUUAUAACUGUCUUGGUGUUUUAUUGCCAUUAUUAUUACUUUUGAUAUACAGAAUGAGCUGCAUGCAUUUAUAGAGCAAUAAGAGGAUGUAUUAAUGUGCCUUGUUUUUAACUGAAUAAGAUCUGAAAGCAUGAAUCAAUAAAACUGAUUAAAAUGG